AUGGAAAUGUUGAAGAACUGGCUGGGUCAUCCAAAGGAGCUAUACAACUUGGUGUGGUUCAGGAUGGGUGGUUACAAGACCAUGAUUUAUGAAAUGGAUCAGGAUUCACUCAGCAAAAGCCUCCAGCUCUGCUACCAGUACCUUGAGGAGACAGGCCCAACCUAUGCCUUCCUUGUCCAGCUGCUCAGUGGGGAGCUGCGCCAUGCAGUUUGCAUCUUCUACUUGGUUCUCCGAGCCAUGGACACAGUGGAGGAUGACAUGACAAUCAGCUUGGAAACCAAGAUCCCCAUCUUACACAAUUUCCAUUCCUAUCUAUAUCAGCCUGACUGGCAAUUCAUGGGCAGCAAUGACAAGGACAAGCAAGUGCUGGAAGAAUUCCCAACGAUCUCUCUGGAGUUCCACAAGCUGGCAAAGGCCUAUCAGGAUGUGAUUGCUGACACAUGCCUCAAGAUGGGCCUGGGGAUGGCUGAGUUCUUGGAGAAGAAGGUGGAAUCUAAUGAAGACUGGGAUGAGUACUGUUAUUGCGCCGCUGGACAUUUGGGGAUCGGCCUCUCGCAGCUCUUCUCUGCAUCCAAGCUGGAGGACCCUGUUGUUGGCCAGGACACGCAGCUUGCAAGCUCCAUGGGGCUUUUCCUGCAGAAAGUCAACAUCAUCCGGGAUUACCAUGAAGACCAACUUGAAGGCAGAGACUUUUGGCCAAAAGAGGUGUGGAGUAAAUAUGUACAGAAGAUGUCAGAUCUGGCCAAGCCUGAGAACAUUGACAAAGGUGUCCAGUGUAUGAAUGAGCUCAUCACCAAUGCUCUGCAUCACAUCCCCAACAACUUGAUAUACUUAUCUCGACUGAAAAACCCGGGUGUGUUCAGCUUCUGUGCUAUCCCCCAGGUAAGGGCCAUUGCCAUCUUGGCAGCGUGCUACAACAAUCCGCAGGUCUUCCAGAGAGUGUUGAAGAUCCGGAAGGGGGAAACUGUCACGCUUAUGAUGGAUGCUACCAACAUCCAGACUGUCAAAGCCAUUGUGUACCAGUACAUGGAAAAAAUCUACAAGAAGAUCCCCAGCAUGGAUCCAUCCUCCUGCAAAACCCAAAAAAUUAUCACUUCCAUUUGCUUCUUGUGCUCACCCGAGAAAGCCCUUGUGCCACAAACCCAUUACUUCUCCAUCUACAUGUCCUGCCUGGUGGUUUUAGGAGCUCUGGCCUGGCAGUAUCUCAGCAUGGUGUCCAAGGGGACUUACACAUAG